AUGAAUGGAGGCAGGUUUGAUUUCGACGAUGGCGGCACCUACGUCGGCGGCUGGGAAGAAGGCAAAGCGCACGGUCAUGGUGUGUGCACUGGGCCGCAGGGCAAAGGCGAGUACGCCGGCGCAUGGCACUAUGGUUUCGAGCUUUCUGGCAUUUACACAUGGCCAUCGGGUAACACCUAUCAAGGACAAUGGCAGAAUGGCAAGCGGCACGGAUUGGGAAUCGAGCAGCGCGGUCGUUGGAUAUACAGAGGUGAGUGGACGCAGGGCUACAAGGGUCGUUAUGGUGUCCGACAGUCGACGAGCUCGCAGGCCAGAUAUCAGGGCACCUGGUCGGCGGGAUUCCAUGACGGCUACGGCACGGAGAUCUAUGUGGACGGCGGAAGUUAUCAGGGUCAAUGGUUGAGAGGAAUGCGGCAUGGUUAUGGCAUUCGAAAGAGUACCGCCUACGCGAAUGCGGCCAAGUUCCGCUCGAAAUCGCAAAAUCACGCGUCACUGACUAGCUUAAGAAGCGAUCGGAAUGAGGAGGAGGCCGGAAAUGAGGAGCAACAUCAAAAAGACGGCCACGUCGGACGCGGCGGAUUCGUGCUGCGCGCCAACUCGGCGGCGCCGCAACGCCGACGCCGCUCGCUGUCGGAACGCAGUCUCGCCGUCAAACGCACUCUGCUCUCGGGUCUCCGCAUCAAAAAGCAGCAUUCGACCGGCGAUAUUCAUCAACGGGUUGCGAGUAUGACGGGAAGUUUGCGCUCGAGCGGCUCGACGAUGAGCUGCACCAGCGAGGACUCGCUCCAUCAUGCCAAUCAUGGAAGCGCGCCGGAUGAGGAGCCCAUCGAGGAUAAUGUCACCGAGGUGUACAUGGGCGAAUGGAAAAAUGACGCGCGGAGCGGAUUCGGCGUGUGCGAGCGAAGCGACGGACUCAAGUACCAUGGUGAAUGGGCAAACAACGCCAAAUGCGGAUUCGGAGUGACGACGUUGAAAGACGGAACUCGCGAAGAAGGCCGCUACAAGAACAACGUGCUUGUGGUCUCGGCGCGAAAGAAGGGCGUUCUCUUCAUGCGCGCGUCGAAGUUCCGUGAGAAGGUCGAGCAGGCCGUCGGCACUGCCGCACGUGCCGCUUCGAUCGCCCAACAGAAGGCCGAUAUCGCCGCGUCGCGCACGUCGACGGCUCGCGAGCGCAGCGAGCAGGCGACGUACGUGGCGGCGCAAGCGCGCGAAGACUCGGAACUCGCGAGAAUCCACGCGAAGCAGUUCGAUCCGAGCUUCAAGCAGCCGGGAACCCGCCGACUACUCAAGGACAACAACGGCGGAGAAUCGUUUGGAACCGAUCUCUCCGACGCGAUUUCCUAUUCGAGACAUCUGUCGCAGACCCACAGCAAGCAGCACUCAUUCGAACACAACUUGUCUGUCGACAUGAGCGACGAUGCGCCGUCGACGUCAGCCAAGUAUCACAAUCACGUUCCCACGACUUCGAAUCAUGUGAACUUCCAAACACCGACGUACGUCUACGCGAAUGAUGCGAGCUUCUCGCCGCAACAAAUCGUGACCCCCAUCGUUGAUGGGCAGCAUUUGGAGGUGCCGCAGCCGAAUCUCAUUGCGAAUAAUUUGCAAGAUGGUCCGAUGAUGCCUUCGACAUCGUCAGGUUCGCAGCAACAGAACUUUGAGCCGAGCUCUGUUCAACAACAACAACAACAACAACAACACCAGCAGCAGCAGCAGCAGCAACAGCAAUUGCAACAGCAGCCGCCUGCACAACAGGGACCAUCAAAUCUGGCCACUCAACCGACUGUUGUAAUGUCAUCUAGAUUCUCUUUAAGUGACGACCAUUACGAUCAAUACGUGAUGGCGGCCGCUGAGAAACAACAACAACAACAGGCGGCCGGCAACAGCAAACUUCGUCGGAAUCGGCCGUCGCUUAUGCGACAGGCGGACGUCAACGAGCCAUGCGUAAGUUCGACCGGCGUUGGGAUCAAUCGGCGAUCGACGCUCGCAUCGGCUCGCGAUCGGAAUGGCGACGCAUUGGCGCACGCGGCCGCAGCGGCGACAUCGAAACUAGGAACCGAUGAGACGAUGGGCAGUUUGCCGAAUCUUGCUGAACUUGAGACACAAGGGGUGCGAAUGCGACGCGAAGAAGCCGCACGGCUCGCCGGGCAGCGACGUCAGGAAGUUCUCCGCGAGCAGGAAGAACAAGCAUUGUUGCGCGCCAAUCCGCUCAGAAUCAUUCUACAGCCGGCGUUCAGGGCAUGGCUCAUCCGCUGGCGUGUCCCGAUUCUCCUCGCCAUCGCAAACCUCUCAUUGUUGUGUCUUUUUUACAACCUUCUCACUUAUGAAAAAAAGCGGAAAACCGGAUAG